GUCUCGUAUUGCCGCCUCCGUGCCUUCUUUGCACCUUAAUAAGCUUGUAAUAGCCAAUCAUCACAGCUAAACUCGCGUAAGAUAGAGGAAGGUACCCAGAUACCAGGUACCCUUUGCCCGCCCACCGACUGUGCGACUGUGUUAGCCCUGGAGCAAUCAGGGUUCACUUUGAAGAUCUCUAGAAUCGAAUUAUCCCAUACUCCCAUUUUAACCUUUCAUUAAUGAGUCUUUUAUUUUCCUCCCCAAAUACAUGUCUAACUCACUUGCAGUAAUUACUGUGGCAUUACUAUGAUACCCUUAUUCUAAUUAUCUAACCGAGCCGUAAUUGGUUGGUUUCUUUUGCCGUUGCGACUGGUGUAAGAGGGAGACAUUAUCCCCUCCGAAACCAUUUGACGUCACGAGCCUUGUCUGGUUCGUCUGGUUUGUCUAGUUAGGUAGGGAUUUCAUUUUGCUUUUGGAGCGGGUGAUCCGAUAGAAGGCUCGGUUAUCAGUCUUGCGCGCCUCUUUUCUCUUCUGCGCCAGAGUCUACUAGAAGUCGACAUGGCGCAAUUGAGUGCGGAUUUGCAAGAAAAGCUGGACGAAUUGGAGAGGGAGUUGGAGGAAGGCGAUAUUACAGAAAAAGGCUUUCAAAAACGACGGACCCAGCUACUCUCGCAAUAUAUCAGCCCGAGUGCUUUAACUGAUGCGACAGGGGGCUUACGAAUACACUCGCCCGACGAUGACGGCCCGAAAACGAGCGAGGGGCACCGUGACGCCGCAUAUGCCGCCUUAAACACCACCAACCCCGAUCCCAAUGAACCCUAUUCUCCCUCGACCAUUACAUCUCCUGUCGAUUGGCGGCCCCAAUCUUCCGGGCCGCUGAGCCCCGGUUCCUCCCAUGCUACCGAACAUCCAGCCGGGUUGCUAAGACCCGGCGGUCCCAUGGCUGAGCAACGUCCGACCUUGACACAGCGCGAUUCCCUGUUCCUGGGCCCGUCUGCUAGCUAUGCACCACCAAUGGGUUCCGAUCCUCCCACGCGCUCGGGAACGAUGGUCUCGGGAGACUAUGCUUUUAAACCGGAGCACCAAGCAGGAUAUGGGCAGCAGCCACCUAAUGCUUAUGGUAGUCGAGCUGGAACUAUGUUGGAUUCUCAAGUAUAUUUCUCCGACUUUGCUGGUCAACAGUCUUAUGACCAGGGCCCCAGCGGCGAAUAUGGUGGAGGGGUUCACAGGUACUCAUCCAGUGAUGCCUUCUCGCCCACCGCCGCUAUGGCCCCACCUAUGCUCACUGCGAACGAUUUGCCUCCUCCAGAAGCGUUGGAGUACCAGAUGCCCCUAGAGCCACGGGAAGUACCAUUCGCUAUCCACGACCCGCACGAUGAGAAUACAGCCAUGUCUUCGUUCGACAACAUCGCUGCCGUAUUAAGACAUAGGGGGCGCACUAAUGGGAAACUUCCAGCCUACUGGGUUCUUGAUAGUCGAGGAAAGGAAAUAGCCUCUAUCACUUGGGAUAAGUUAGCAUCUCGGGCGGAGAAGGUAGCCCAGGUCAUUCGCGACAAGAGUUCGCUAUAUCGUGGCGAUCGAGUCGCUCUCAUUUAUAGGGAUUCGGAGAUCAUAGACUUCACUAUAGCACUUUUAGGUUGCUUCAUUGCAGGCGUUGUGGCAGUCCCUAUUAAUGAUUUGCAAGACUACCCAAAGCUGAAUCUCAUCUUAACCUCUACCCAGGCUCAUUUAGCUUUAACUACAGACAACAAUUUGAAGUCCUUCCAGCGAGAUAUCACCAUGCAGAAGCUCAAUUGGCCUAAGGGAGUCGAGUGGUGGAAAACCAAUGAAUUCGGAAGCUACCAUCCAAAGAAGAAGGACGAUGUGCCCCCUUUAUCCGUCCCUGAUCUAGCAUAUAUCGAGUUUUCUAGAGCACCGACAGGAGACGUUCGAGGUGUGGUGUUAAGCCAUCGCACAAUUAUGCAUCAGAUGGCCUGUCUUAGUGCCAUAAUUCAGGUCGUUCCUAGUGGGCAGGGGGAUACCUUCAACCGUGCCCUUCGCGACAAGAAUGGACGUCUAAUAGGUGGAGGUGCCAGUAGCGAGAUUCUCCUCUCAUAUCUUGAUCCUCGCCAAGGUAUCGGAAUGAUCUUGGGUGUGCUUCUCAACGUCUAUAGCGGACAUACGACUGUGUGGGUAGAAAACAAAGCGGUGAAUUCACCCGGUCUCUACGCCCAUCUUAUUACCAAAUAUAAGGCUACGCUUAUGGUUGCCGAUUACCCCGGUUUAAGGACUGCUGCCUUUAAUUACCAACAAGAUCCUAUGACAACGCGAAACUUCAAGAAAGGCACGGAACCAAAUUUCCAGCAUGUCAAGUUGUGUCUGAUCGAUACUUUGACUGUGGAUAGCGAGUUUCAUGAAGUAUUAGCUGAUCGAUGGCUCCGACCACUGCGAAACCCCAGGGCUAGAGAAGUUGUUGCACCAAUGCUUUGCUUGCCCGAGCACGGAGGUAUGGUGAUUAGCAUCCGGGAUUGGCUAGGCGGAGAGGAGCGCAUGGGAUGUCCGUUGAAAUUGGAUAUUGAUACCGAGUCAGAAUCAGAAACUGACAAGGAUGAAGAGAAGGAGAAGGACAAGGAAAAAGAGAAAGAGAAGCCAUCGAAUGGAUUCGGCAGUCUCCUCAGCGGUGGCACAACUACCUUGAAAGAACAAGACGCAAAGAAAGAUCUUGGUGAGGUGUUGUUAGACCGAGAGGCGCUAAAGACGAACGAAGUGGUUGUUUUAGCCAUAGGCGACGAAGCACGAAAGAAAGCUGCCACCGAACCAGGCACUGUUCGAGUUGGCGCAUUUGGAUAUCCCAUUCCCGAUGCCACCCUUGCCGUCGUUGAUCCUGAGACGGGGUUGCUCUCUUCGCCUCAUUCCAUAGGAGAAAUCUGGGUUGACUCUCCAUCUUUGUCUGGAGGUUUCUGGGCCUUGCCUAAACAUACGGAGCAGAUCUUCCAUGCUAGACCAUACAAGUUUGAACCGGGAGACCCGACACCUACUCCUGUAGAGCCCGAGUUUCUCAGGACUGGUCUCCUUGGGACCGUCAUCGAGGGCAAGAUAUUUGUACUUGGGCUGUACGAAGACCGAAUCCGACAAAAAGUUGAAUGGGUUGAGCACGGCCACGAGAUCGCCGAGCAUCGAUACUUCUUCGUGCAACAUAUCGUUGUCAGCAUCCUCCGGAACCUGAACAAGCAGGUAUUUGACUGUUCCGCGUUUGAUGUAUUUGUCAACGAUGAGCAUUUGCCGAUAGUGGUACUGGAGUCAUCGGCAGCCUCGACUGCCCCAGCGACGUCAGGUGCUCCGCCUAGGCAGCUGGACACCGCGUUGUUGGACACGCUCUCGGAAAGGUGUAUGGACGUCCUAAUGCAAGAGCAUCACCUCAGGGUUUACUGUGUCAUGAUUACCGCACCGAACUCCUUACCCCGAGUAACGAAGAAUGGCCGACGAGAAAUAGGAAACAUGUUGUGCCGUAGGGAGUUCGAUCUUGGCAAUCUUCCCUGUGUUCAUGUCAAGUUUGGCGUUGAGCAUGCGGUAUUAAACCUACCUAUCGGCGUAGAUCCUAUGGGUGGUAUAUGGUCGAAUCUAGCAUCAGAUUUCCGGGCAGAUUUUCUUGGACCUGCAGACAAGCAAUAUUCUGGAAUCGAUAGGCGUGAGGUUGUCAUUGACGACCGCACAUCCACUCCAUUAAAUAACUUUUCCAGCAUCACGGACCUUAUCCAAUGGCGAGUAGCGCGCCAACCGGAAGAGCUCUCUUACUGUACAAUCGAUGGUAGAGGCAAAGAAGGGAAAGGUAUUACAUGGAAGAAGUUUGACACCAAGGUUGCCGCUGUGGCUCUAUAUCUCCGCAACAAGGCCCAUAUACGGGCUCGCGACCACGUGAUGCUCAUGUAUACACACUCCGAAGACUAUAUCUUCGCUGUCCACGCUUGCAUCAACCUUGGUGCCGUGAUCAUACCAACUGCGCCUAUGGAUGAGCGACGACUAAACGAGGAUGUGCCUGCUUUCCUCCAUCUUAUUAACGACUAUGGCAUUAAGGCUGUCCUAGUCAACAAUGAAGUGGAUCACUUGCUCAAGUCGAAGGCUGUCUCCCAGCAUGUCAAGCAAUCCGCCCAGUUUCUUAAGAUCAGUGUUCCUAGUGUAUACAACACCUCCAAGCCCCCGAAACAGAGCAGCGGGCUUCGAGACCUCGGUAUCACAAUAGAUCCUGCCUGGAUACAACCGGGAUAUCCGGUUGUAAUUUGGGCAUACUGGACGCCAGAUCAGCGCAGAAUUUCAGUACAACUUGGUCAUGAUACUAUUUUAGGAAUGUGCAAGGUCCAAAAGGAAACCUGCCAGAUGACCAGCUCUAGACCUGUCCUUGGUUGCGUCAGAAGCACCACGGGUUUGGGUUUCAUUCACUCGUGUCUAAUGGGCAUCUAUAUAGGCACGCCUACUUACCUGCUCUCGCCAGUAGAAUUUGCACAGAACCCCAUUUCACUAUUCUUGACGCUUAGUCGAUAUAAGAUCAAGGACACAUACGCGACACCUCAGAUGCUGGACCACGCUAUGAACACGAUGCCCGGCAAAGGAUUCACGCUCCACGAGUUGAAAAACAUGAUGAUCUCAGCCGACGGUAGACCUCGUGUCGACGUAUUUCAAAAAGUCAGACUUCACUUUGCAGCUACCGGCCUCGAUAGAACAGCUAUCAAUACCGUAUAUUCACACGUUCUGAAUCCGAUGGUCGCGUCACGGUCAUACAUGUGUAUUGAGCCUAUUGAGCUUUGGCUCGACCAACGAGCCCUUCGUAGAGGGUUGAUCGUUCCUGUGGAUCCUGACUCGGAGCCGAAGGCCUUACUGGUCCAAGACUCUGGCAUGGUACCAGUCUCUACUCAAAUAGCCAUUGUCAAUCCCGAGAGUCGACUCCUCUGCACUGACGGAGAGUAUGGUGAGAUCUGGGUCGAUUCAGAAGCAUGCGUGAAAGCGUUCUACGGGUCCAGAGAUCCCUUUGACGCUGAACGCUUUGAUGGGCGUACUAUCGACGGCGACCCCAGCAUUAGUUACGUCCGAACCGGUGAUCUUGGCUUCUUGCAUAACGUCAGUCGGCCUAUUGGACCGGGCGGUGCCCAAGUAGACAUGCAGGUGCUCUUCGUACUAGGAAACAUUGGCGAGACCUUCGAAAUCAACGGGUUGAGCCAUUUCCCGAUGGACAUAGAGGCCUCGGUCGAGAGAUCUCAUCGCAACAUUGUACCCGGCGGCUGCGCUGUCUUUCAGGCUGGUGGCCUUGUGGUCGUCUUAGUCGAAGUAUCACGAAAAGCAUAUCUCGCAUCCAUCGUCCCAGUCAUCGUAAACGCUAUCUUGAACGAGCACCAAAUAGUUGUCGAUAUAGUCGCGUUUGUGAACAAAGGUGACUUCCCUCGCAGCCGUCUUAGUGAGAAGCAGCGAGGCAAGAUCUUAGCCAGCUGGGUCACUCGGAAGAUGCGCACAGUUGCUCAAUUUGCCAUCCGCGACCCGGACUCCGGAAGUGUAGAAGGGGGUGACGGCACAGGAGAGAACCACCGUGCUAGUGUGGGCAGUGUUCGAAGCAGCAAUGCACCUGGAGCCAGUUCCCUAAGGAAUAUGGAGCAUGCGCCGCAAAUACUGGAACAGGAAGAACUGGACCAUCAAAUGAACAAGAUGUCGGCCUUACCUCAGCCAGCCGAGCUCGCCGGUAGCAGUGGAGUGCCGAACAUGGACACCCGGCCCGCUACGAGCGGUAGCUUCAGAAUGCCGGAAGCUGGCCAAUUCGGGGACAGGGCAGGGCCGCAAAUACCAAGACGGCCCCUGCCUCCGCAGAUCCGCCUGCCGAGUAUGGAAGGCCGCGGAUCGCAGGGCGAGAAUAUGUGGGAUCCUGGACGAGUUCCAAGCCGAGGCCAAGAAGAGGAUGAGUGGCAACGCGAUGCUCUGAUGCACAUGAACUUGGCCAAUCAAAUGCCGCACGAUGCUUAUCCGAGGCAGGACUAGUGGUCGCAAGCUUCAGAGCGGAGGGCUUUCUACAGGGAAUUCAAGGGAGUAAGGGACAAACCAUGGUACUACCGCGUCUACCAACGACCACCCACGUGACGAUGGUUCGUUUCUUUGAUGGUUAGGUAAUCAUACGACUCGGACCUGGGGUUUUUAAGUUGGGUUUACUACAUACUUGCUUUAUUGCCGGUUUGUUAACAUGAGAGCCCGGGGCGCGGUGGCUUAGGAUAAUUGCGUUUUCGAGCAGCGGCAUGUAUGAUGUCGCGGUGCUUUUUCUUCUUCUCCAAUAGCAUGACCAUGAGUUUUCUGUACCGCUAUGCAAUAUAUCAUACCUAGAAUAGAGAGUGCGGAUAGGAUUCGUUCUGUGUGCAUCGUUGCAUUUUGUUGAUAUGGUAUCCGAAGAGUGACCAGGGGCUCUAAUUCUAUGAAUUGUGUUCUGCUUAGGUUCCUACUUCUACUAAGCUAAGUCUGCACCCAUCGCGUUAAGGGAAAUGGAUAUAGGGCACAAUGUCACCUGGGAUAUGUCGACUAUUAAGCAGAC